AUGUUCAAUUCUAAAGGAUGCUUAAUUCAUUUAACAAAUGAAGAAAUUAUGGUGUAUACAUUUCGUGCUUAUGUAUCACCUAUUUUAAUUAUCAUUGGUAUACCAUCUAACCUGCUAGUGAUACUUGUAUUCAUUGUUAUUGAACAUCAAACCAAUUGUCGUUUUAAUUUAUAUGCAAUAUGGAUGGCUAUAGCGCAUAAUAUACAAUUAAUUGUCAAUACAUUGAUUGAUGAUUUUCUAGGUCGUGGAUUAAAAUACGCUACACAAUGUAAAUAUUCUGUACAAGUUGACAUUGAAUCAUCAUUUCUAUGUAAAACAUUUACUUAUUUAACUGAUGCUUCAGCAUUAAUCGCUGCUUUCAUUCUGAUGUUAUUCAGUGUGGAUCGUGUCUGUUCCAUUUAUAAUCCAAAACAUUUUGAACAAAGUUCACAUGUGAAAUUAGCUCAUGGCAUAAUUGGUUUUGUGAUAGUGAUUUGUUUAUUAUUAAAUAUCCCGCAUUUAAUAUUUGCUGAUUUAAAAAUUCAUCCAAUCAAUAAUUCACGUGAAUGUCAAUAUGUGAAUCCAGUGGCAGGCGGUGUGAAAUAUGUUCUAUAUUUAUAUAUUGUCGGUGUAGCUAUCCUACCGGCUAUAUUUAUUUUUAUUACGAAUCUGUUGAUAUUGUACAAGUUGAGUACAGCUGUUUAUCGAUCCAAAUUGAUUGGGACUAAAGAUGAUGAGUCAAGUAAUAAUGAACGAGGUAAAGUGAUAGCACAUUUAGCUAUUAGUAUUCUAUUCACUGGUUUAUCUAUCCCAUUAGUGGUCAUCAUAAUUUUAAGACAACAAGUGUAUUUUUACAAAUAUGAUAUAUUACAUCCAGAAUAUGCUAAGAAAAUUGUUCAAUAUUCAAAAUUAUUCAGUUCGAUUGAUUCAUUCAAUCAUGCGUUCGAUUUCUUCCUGUAUUUAGCAUUUAUGCCAACAUUUCGUCAGACUCUCAUAGAAAUAUUUAAAUGUAGACUAUUAUUUUUACGACAGCAUCAUUCAAAGAAUCAUCAACAUAAUCAACAUGAGAAUUUUGUUCAAAACAAACAUGAACAACACCAUGACCAACACCAUGAACAUGAAACAAUUAUUCCGGUUGCUGAUCACGAGAUAAUAUCGAUUUAUUCGAAUAAAUUGAUUUGUGUGGAUGAGUUGUAUUUCAAUGCGAACAGUGUGAUGAAUGGUGGUAAUCCAGAUCCUAUACCUUUCAUUGAUCAUUGAACAUGUUUUAGCAUUUUUGUUUUUUGUGAUUCAAUGUUCAAUUUAUUUUUUAUUAUUAUUAUUAUUAUUUUU